AGGAAGCAGGACUCCAGCCUGAGAGAGUCAGCCAUGCCAAGUCUCCAGCAGCAGCAGAUCCCAACAGGUUGGAGUGGAACAGCAGCAGCCAGCAGCAGUGACUCCGGUUGCAUGAGAACAUCUGGCCAUGGCGACUUUUAUGGAGUUUAUUCAGCAGAAUGAAGACAGGGAUGGGGUUCGCUUCAGCUGGAACGUGUGGCCAUCUAGUCGUUUGGAGGCCACAAGAAUGGUGGUCCCAGUAGCCUCUCUCUUCACUCCAUUAAAAGAGAGGCCCGAUCUGCCUCCUAUACAGUAUGAGCCUGUCCUGUGUAGCAGAACCACCUGCCGGGCUGUCCUCAAUCCUCUGUGUCAAGUGGAUUAUCGUGCAAAACUCUGGGCUUGCAACUUCUGUUACCAGCGAAACCAGUUUCCUCCCACAUAUGCCGGCAUCUCAGAAAUGAACCAGCCUGCAGAGCUCCUGCCACAGUUUUCCAGCAUUGAAUAUGUGGUCCAGCGAGGUCCACAGAUGCCACUUAUCUUUCUAUAUGUUGUGGACACUUGUAUGGAGGAUGAAGACCUUCAAGCUCUGAAGGAGUCAAUGCAAAUGUCUCUGAGUCUCCUGCCUCCAACAGCAUUGGUGGGACUUAUCACCUUUGGACGGAUGGUGCACGUACAUGAACUGGGAUGUGAAGGCAUUUCUAAGAGCUAUGUUUUCCGUGGAACCAAAGAUCUGACAGCAAAACAACUACAGGAAAUGUUAUCACUUACAAAAGCUUCCGUUGCUCAGGCUGGACGUGGGCCGCAAGUUCAGCAACCUCCUCCCUCAAAUAGGACUCUCUAUGGAUUUUCUACACCCUCAUUUGAGAGAUUUUUGCAGCCAGUGCAGAACAUUGAUAUGAACCUUACUGACCUUUUAGGAGAGCUUCAACGAGAUCCAUGGCCCGUUCCUCAGGGCAAGAGACCGCUGAGAUCAUCAGGCGCUGCCCUUUCCAUUGCUGUUGGUCUUCUUGAGUGCACAUUUCCUAACACUGGAGCUAGAAUAUUGAUGUUCAUUGGAGGACCAGCCACACAAGGACCUGGAAUGGUUGUUGGCGAUGAACUGAAAAUUCCCAUCCGAUCCUGGCAUGAUAUUGAAAAGGACAAUGCUAAAUAUGUGAAGAAAGCUACAAAGCAUUUUGAAGCUCUCGCAAAUCGUGCAGCUGCAUCUGGUCAUGUGAUUGACAUCUACGCCUGUGCAUUAGAUCAGACCGGACUCUUGGAAAUGAAAUGUUGCCCAAACUUUACAGGUGGUUACAUCGUGAUGGCAGAUUCUUUCAACACAUCUCUCUUCAAACAGACAUUUCAAAGGGUUUUUACUAAAGACACACAGGGCAACUUCAAGAUGGCGUUUGGUGGUACUCUGGAAAUUAAGACUUCCAGGGAGAUAAAGAUUUCUGGUGCAAUCGGACCCUGUGUAUCACUGAAUGCAAAGGGACCCUGUGUUUCUGAAAACGAGAUUGGUACGGGUGGCACCUGUCAAUGGAAAAUCUGCGGCCUCAGUCCUGCCACAACCCUUGCGGUGUAUUUUGAGGUGGUCAAUCAGCACAAUGCUCCUAUCCCACAAGGGGGACGAGGUGCAAUCCAGUUUGUGACACAGUAUCAGCACUCAAGCGGACAGAAGCGGAUCCGUGUCACGACAGUCGCAAGAAACUGGGCUGAUGCUCAGACUCAGAUACAGAACAUUGCAGCUUCUUUUGAUCAAGAGGCAUCUGCUAUUCUCAUGGCCAGGUUGGCUGUUUAUAGAGCGGAGACUGAGGAAGGUCCAGAUGUCUUGCGGUGGCUGGACCGGCAGCUCAUCCGACUGUGUCAGAAGUUUGGGGAAUACCACAAGGAUGAUCCCAACUCCUUCAGGUUUUCCGAAACCUUCUCUCUGUAUCCCCAGUUUAUGUUCCAUUUGAGGAGAUCUCCGUUCCUGCAGGUGUUUAACAACAGUCCUGAUGAGAGCUCCUAUUACAGACAUCACUUUAUGCGUCAAGAUCUUACCCAGUCCCUUAUAAUGAUACAACCCAUCCUUUACUCCUAUUCAUUCAGUGGCCCCCCCGAGCCGGUAUUACUAGAUAGCAGCAGUAUCCUCCCAGAUCGGAUCCUCCUGAUGGACACGUUUUUCCAGAUUCUUAUUUACCAUGGUGAGACCAUUGCACAGUGGAGGAAGGCGGGCUACCAGGACAUGCCUGAGUAUGACAACUUCCGACACUUGUUACAAGCCCCGGUGGAUGAUGGGCAGGAGAUUCUUCACUCUCGUUUCCCGAUGCCACGUUACAUAGACACUGAGCAUGGAGGGAGCCAAGCUCGUUUCCUGCUGUCAAAAGUGAAUCCUUCCCAGACCCACAACAACAUGUACAGCUGGGGACAGGAGUCCGGCGCCCCCAUUCUCACUGAUGAUGUCAGUCUGCAAGUUUUCAUGGAUCAUCUGAAGAAAUUAGCAGUGUCCAGCGCUGCCUAAAGCCAAGAACUCCUGGAAUGGACACUACACACAGAAAGCAUCCGCUGAUCGGAGUCACCCUCACUGGCCUGGUUCCAACCUGAUGCUGCACAAGUGCCUGGGAAGGUGGCACACUGACUGCUCAGCCCUCCUGUGCUCUCUGCACGUGCUGCCUACGCUCUCCUGAUAUUUGUACAAUGUGAUUUAUGACAAUGGGUAAUUGAUACUGAACAAAUUCCAAAUGAGCAAAAAGAACAAAGCCAUUGUUUUUUUAUUCCUAAAUGUUUCUGUCCAGUUGUUAAACACACACAAGCUGUAUCCUGGAAUGUGGUUGCAGCAGAGAUGUGUAGGGGGCUCUCUUAAGUUGUUUCCACCAACAGUGACUCAAAGCAGAAAGAGAGAAAAUAAACAGACAUGAUGUAUAAGCAGUUUAUACUUACUGCAUGUAACUACAGAAUGAUGUGAGGGUCUGUUUGUUGUAAAUGUUUCCAUUUAUGCCAGCCCUUAGAAUCCGACGGGAACCUAAAACUGUCAUCUAAAGUACAGUUAUUAAGAGCUAACUCGCACGGAUUUUGUACAUUGGCACCAAGGGGCACGCUUAGGAAAUAAAAAUGGGUUCAGUAAAUCAUAGAGCAGAUUUCACACAUUGGGCCUGAUUCAUGUUUGUAAGUAAAGGGAAUAAAGCAAGUAACUUUGGUGGUCAUUCCGAGUUGAUCGCUGGCUAGCAGUUUUUAGCAGCCGUGCAAACGCUAUGCCGCCUCCCACGGGGAGUGUAUUUUAGCUUAGCAGAAGUGCGAACGAAAGGAUCGCAGAGCGGCUACAACGUUUUUUUGUGCAGUUUUAGAGUAGCUUCAGACCUACUCAGCUCUUGCGUUCACUUCAGAUUGUUCAGUUCCUGUUUUGACGUCACGAACACGCCCUGUGUUUGCCCAGCCACGCCUGUGUUUUUCCUGGCACACCUGCGUUUUUACGAACACUCCCUGAAAACGGUCAGUUGACACCCAGAAACGCCCACUUCCUGUCAAUCACUCUGCGGCCAGCAGUGCGACUAAAAAGCUUUGCUAGACCUUGUGUGAAACUACUUCGUUCGUUGCAUUUGUACGACGCACGUGCGCAUUGUGCCGCAUGCGCAGAAGUGCCGGUGUUUUGCCUCAUCGCUGCACAGCGAACGAAUGUAGCUAGCGAUCAACUCAGAAUGACCCCCUUUGUGUCUGGAACACACCAUGUUGCCAUGCAAGGGGAGCAAAUAUAUUUAUAUUUUUUCUGUGCAGAGCAAACACUGUCUACUUUUGCAUGUAGCCCUAGAUGGCUUAUUUUUACACUGCUAUUUAGAUUUCAGUUUGAACACACCCCACCCAAAUCUAACUCUCGCUGCACAUGUUGCCUCUACCCCACCUGCAGUGCAACAUGGUUUUGCCCAGUUGCUUGCUUUUUUGCUUUACUUACAAACAUGAAUCACAUGGCAUUUAUAUACGAAUGCUGGGGUGUAUUUUCUGGCUACAUGGGCAAAUCCAGUACUGUGUUUCCCUUCUUCCAUGUGGGAAAUUUACGGCCACAAAGCCCUGAGAAUCGGCGCACCCUUUCAUUGGAACGCUUCCUAUAAAAACACAGUUGGGGACACUAAUGAAAACUGUUCCCCAAGUAACGGUACAGAAAAGGUCUUUGAGCCCAAAGUAAACAAUUUGUAGUCAAAAUUAAAAAAAGCAAUUCAGUCUGAUUAGGUGACAGGGCACCAAGGUUAGAACCUAACUAAAACACUGACAGGAGAAUUCAAAUAUCUCCCCUGUGCGCAUCAGCGUGUAAACGCCCGCAGUGGCAUCGGAACUUGCCUCCCUCGACGCUUGGAGAUGCGUUUUUUGCUCUCUGGGGAUGCAAACAAAAAUCUGCAAUACCAGUGGUUCCUUAAGUUUAACAUACAGUCACACUCAUGGGGGUGAGAACAUUGCAUCUAGUUGAGUUCACCCCAUAAUGUCACAUCUUCAGCGUUUUCAUUUUCCCCACAGUGCCUCCACAAUGAGCGCUGGCAGCUGACAAAGAGCGGCAGCUCCUGUCAGCUGCUCCUCCAUGCCAGGAAUAGGCAUGGGGUGUGGCACUUGGUUAUGAUGUCACAGCUGAGCGCCAUACUCCGUGUCUCACAGGAGCAGAAAGUGGUCCACUACUCCUCAUAAUGUAAGGGGGACAGUGCCCGGGAGCGUCAUGGGACAUUACCAGGGUACUUGAGCCGGCCCUGGCAACUCCGCUGUGACAGCUCCUAUGGAACACCUUUCAUACAUGUAUCACAACGUACACUUAAUAGUAUUGUUUCUCUAUGUAGCCCUAACAGCACAGAGCCCCCCAUACAUCUUAUACAACAAAUAUCUAAACACAAGUCAGUAUUCAUUAAAGUUUUCUCAUUUUUUGUUUUAUUUCUCUGCAUGUAAUUGUUGUGUUGAGAUAUAUAUUUUUCAUAUAAGCACUUGUUUAUUUUUGAGACUUCCCAAGGGUGUCAGUAAAAGGAUUCUUAUGCCCCGCUUGCAGUGUUUCAGCAGUAUAACAGGGAAGCGGUUGUGUGUGUCCAGAACACCCAUAGUGUGGCGAGCGCAAGGGGCUUUCUAGCGCUCGCCCUGCUGCCGGCACACUGGUGGCUGGGAUGCCGCCGGUAAUUCAUACCAAUCCCGUAUAACAUACCCCAUUAGACAUUAGACUUUGGGGCUGUUUGUGAGGCGGUUAUAGAGCCCCUUCGCUCACAUGCACAGAAUUGUUUACAUUUCCAUGUUCUAUCCUUCGUGCUGCCUGUAUAGAAUAAGAGAUGCAUCUGCAGCACAGUUGUGUUUUCUACCUGUCAGUUUUUUUAGCCAAAUUGCUGUUCCUCAGUCUUGUUCACAAGACCUUUGAUAUGUUUAAAGGUAAGGUUAUUUUCUUAGCUCUUGUAUUACUGAGCGCUGAAGGCAGCCCGAGUCUCCUGGAUGCAGGUUUACUGUCACCCUAAGAUCUUCAAUCCAUUUUUGUGCUUCAUUUUUGUGUUUUCAACAACUUUAAUAAAGUGACUGAUCUGCAAUGCA